UAGUUUAAAGUUCUCGUUGUAAUCUCGCCCUGUUACAACGAGAGUUUAAAUAAGAAAGCAAGAAAGAGACGGUUUACAAAAAGACAACAGAGAGUGUCGUGAGGGCCUUGGUGGUUACUAUUUCUUUUAUUCUCUCUUCCUGGCCAUUUUUACAUAAUGUUGGCCACCAAUUCAACUUAACCCCUUCUUCCUCUGUCUCACACCUUCUCUAUACACACACAUACACAAUAUAUUGACUACCAAACUACAGGGUAUUCCUACAAUAUAUAUACAUAUAUAUAUAUCUAUCUAUAUACAUAUAUUCACCACAUCACAUCUGUAUUAUUAACCAAGUGUUCGAUUUACCUACACAUGAACCCCCUUACGUUGGGUCAGAAAUUUCUGUUGUUGAUUCGUGAAUAACAUAUUUUACUAAUUGGUAACCUUAAAACAACUUGAAUAACCCCAAAAUAACCAAAGAUGAGUUCCACAUUGGUGAGGAAUGCCAUCGAAACGAACUUCGACGAAAAAGACUUGACUGAGGAUGAACAGCAACUCUUGAUGACCAUAAGAGGACGGAAGCAGCAGCUUGAGCUGGACAUCAAGCGACUCAAAGAAGAAAUAGCAGAUGUUACAGCAGAACUGGAAAGUAUGGAUCUUCCCGAAGACACUAAAAAUAAUCCGAAGACCAAACAGAUGUCUAUGGGGAAGAAGAAAUUCAACAUGGAUCCCAAGAAGGGAAUUGAAUACUUGAUCAAGUAUGACCUCUUACAAAACACUCCAGAAGAUGUGGCAGGCUUCCUCUUCCAGGGAGAUGGACUGGAUAAAACUGCAAUCGGAGACUACCUCGGAGAACGAAAUGAUUUCAAUAUUGCUGUCUUGAAAGCAUUUGUGAAUUUACAUGAGUUUUCUGAAAUGAUCCUGGUACAAGCACUAAGGCAGUUCCUAUGGAGUUUUCGCUUACCCGGAGAGGCCCAGAAAAUAGACCGAAUGAUGGAAUGUUUCGCCGAAAGAUAUUGCGAGUUAAACGAAGGAGUAUUCACAAGUACAGAUACCUGUUAUGUGCUGUCAUUUGCUAUCAUUAUGUUGAACACAAGUUUACACAAUCCCAGUGUGAAAGACAAACCGACAGUGGAAAGAUUCAUUCAGAUGAAUCGAGGAAUCAAUGACGGAGAAGAUUUACCAGCAAAACUUCUCACGAGUUUAUAUGAAAGUAUAAAAAAUGAACCCUUUAAAAUCCCUGAAGAUGAUGGUAAUGAUCUGAUGCACACGUUCUUCAACCCAGUCAAAGAAGGAUGGUUAUGGAAACAAGGUGGUCGUUACAAGAACUGGAAAAGAAGAUGGUUUAUACUCAAUGAUAACUGUCUCUAUUACUUCGAAUAUACAACUGACAAAGAACCAAAAGGUAUCAUUCCUCUUGAAAACAUACGUGUCCGAGAGGUCGGUCCUGAAAAAACCAACAAACCAAACUGCUUUGAGAUUCAUUCUGGUGGCCACGAAAUAAUUAAAGCUUGUAAAUUAGACUCUGAAGGCAAAGUAGUUGAAGGUAAACACACUGUGUAUCGAAUGUCAGCAUCAAAAGCAGAAGAUAAAGAAGAAUGGAUGACUGCUAUCAAGACAAGCAUCAGUGAGCAUCCGUUCUAUGACAUGUUGGCCACCAGACGGAAAAAUGCUGUCACCCAUCCUUCGAAAAACACAUAGCUUUUUGAGCACAGAGGAGGAAGCACGGUUUGAGAACUCAACACACUACACCCCCCCUUGCGUGUCAGUCAGUUCCAUUAUUCAUCUACCGCAUCAAAUAAAUCAAAAGAAAAUUAAUAAACUACUGUCAUUGUUGGAACUGUUACGGACCGACCAACCACAGCUUUUACUUAUCAAAACGAUCCAGAGAAAGAAAGGAAGGAAAGAAAGAGAAUGAAUGAAAGGAAAUAAUCUUGUUUCUAUGACUUUUAGUGUCUGACAUCGACAGAAACAGAACACUCAAUGAAAAUGAUGAUAAUGAUGAUAAUACACCGUUUUUCUUUUUGUUUUUUUUUUAACUUUUUCUUCUUUUCUGUGCAUUUGAUAUCUUGGAGAAGAAAGAGAAAUUCAGGAAACGCAACUCAACUCUUUUCAUACUUGUUAUCUCCCCUUUUAUUCAGUCAACAAUUUUUUGUUUUUGUGUCUGAAAACACUUCACAUUUCCCCAUGCCAGUUUUGUCAAACUGUCUGAGAAAAGAAAAAAGUUUUUUUUUUUUUUUCUCUCCCAUUCCUCUAAUUUUUCCUUCUUUCUCUAUUUUAUUUAUUUUUUUUUUAAACAAAAUUAUUGCAUGAGUAACUUUUUUGUUAUUAUUAUUAAUAAUAUUAACCUGACUUUGUUUUGGCUGAGAAGAGAGUUGAUGAUGCACGGUGUGAACUGACUUGGGUCACUAGAUUAGACUAUGAUGAAGGGAAAAAA